AUGAAACGAAAAUUAGACCAACAACACCAACACAAGAACACGAAAUCCUCAUCUCCUCAACUUUAUGAAUCCUCAAAAAAGAAAAAAACCGAAAUUAAAUCCUUUCAUGAAAAGAUUAAUAGACUCAUUGAUAACAUGGAUGGAGAUGAUGAAACUCAAUUAAUUAUUUUCAUCAAUAAUUGUAUGAAAUAUUUCGGACAAGUUAAUGAUUCAACGGAUGAACACAAAAUGAUUUGCCUAGAUAUGGAUAUCAUUAAAGACAAACUCUCUGCUUUACUUCCAAAACUAGUAAAACUCUUUACAAAAGAUUUCAUUAAAAUUCAUUCCGAAAAAUUGCUGGGAGCAGUUAUUGAACACUCAGCUGAUGAUCGAUCCAUACUGAAAUGUAAAACUCGAUUACCAUUAUUCUUCAUGCAGCAACAUGCAAAAGAUAACACACUACUUCAAAGUUGUGUGACCGAAUUAAUAGUAACUAAUAUACUGUCCUAUGUUGGGAUGAUUAAUCUGUAUACUGGAAAAGCUUGCAGUUCGAUUGGGCAGGCUUUGUCAUGCAAUAACUAUUUUAAACAACCAAAAGCAGAAUUUUCAAAGCAUGUCUUCAAGCUUAUCCAAGAAGAUUAUUCAUCUAAAUUUGUUAUAGAAACCACUAAUGAAGGGAAAAGUAUAAUUGUUUGGAACAAGAAGGUAUACGACGUGAUUGUCCAUGAGAAACAUGAAUCGUUGUCCAACAUACAGAAUGGAGUUUUGCUGAAUCAUUUUAAUCAUGUGAGCUAUAGCGACUGUUUAUGUAUCACCACCCACUUACGAGAUUUGGAUGAAAAAAUUUGGAAAUUAUUUAUGGAUAAAAAGCAAGAUAUUGUUCCAUUCGUUAUAGAUACAGAAUGGAAUGGCAAUGACACGAAUGAAAUGGGGUGCCGAGUAUUGCAACUUUCAACAUCCAAAGUUUGCAUGGUACUACUUGUGGACUUUGAAGAAAGACCACCAGAAUUUCUGACGAACUUUUUGUUCGACAAUUCUUACAAGAAAAUUGGUUUUGGUUUAUGCACUGACAUGAUCAAAUUGAAUAAUUGGCUUGUACAUCAUGACAUUACACCUCUUGACAUUAAUUUUCGAACAGACAUGCAUGAAACAAGGGAGGGCUUCAUUGAAGGAGAUCCUUUCAAUUUAGGUCUUCACAAACUCACCUUGUUUUGUGGAGACAGCUCUCGCUCUUAUAUUUUUGACAACAAGCUUAAAUAUCCUGACUAUAAAUGGGAACCAUAUGACAUAUUACCAUGGACUCCAAAAGGGAACAAGCGUUUAGAAUAUGCAGCUAUUGACGUACUGACUGGAUACCAUUUGUUUGAGAACAUUUCCAGCCCAUUGAAUCAUCUGUUUACCUUAAAGCUCAAAAUGAAACAUUGGAGCCAAGAUCAAAUUCGUUCUCAGCGCAUCUUUAGCUCUUUCUCAACAUUUUUGAAAACCUCACAUGCCUCCAAGUGGUACAAUCUCUCCCACUCCACUUUGAAACAUGGUAUCCGGCUGGCAUUUCACAAGAACAUUUGUUGA